CCCACCCAGUCCUGCCCAACCCUCUUCACCGCGCUAGUUCCAGAGCUUAAAUGAGCUCCGGAGUUCACUGCGGAUAACAUCGGCAUGCCUGUCCUCCUACAACGUGAAUGAUGAUACGAGAUACCAUUGCACUCUUUGAUAGGACUAUCGCUAUUACGCCGCGUACCCACGGGCCACAAGAAGUAAGUUCCCGCGCUUGGCAUUGUCAUGCGCCUCUCGGCGCUCAGGUACCUCGAGAAGUUAUAAUUUAUAUAGCUUACGAAGUGUGUGGUAUGGCUUCCAAAGUCGAUCAUACUUCAGUUUCAAGACCAGAAUACAACCUAAACACAAGAAUGGAAUCUUCGCAAACCACCUAUGAUAUUGCAAUUGUCGGUGCUGGGAUCGUUGGCUCGGCCUUGGCUUAUUUUCUAUCCACUACUCCCCAAAAUGACAAACGUGUGGCCCUCAUUGAUCGGGCCUUUUCACCAUUGAGGGGUUCGACAGGACAUGCGCAGGGUAUCAUCGGACAAUUGAAUGAAUCCGAUGUCCUCACCCGCCUGGCUAUCGAUAGCGUCAACGAGUAUAACAAAAUUCCGGAGGGCUUCCACACCGUAGGAGGACUCGAGGUUGCCACUAGCCUCAAUGGGAUUGACAAGCUGAAUGCCAGAUAUGAUAUGGCGAGGAAAGCUGGUCUGCCCGCUAAGCUUAUAUCUCCCCAGCAGACGGCCCAAAUGGCUCCAGACUUAGUGAAGGAGGAUAGCUUGCUUGCCUUGUUCUUUCCUAGCGACGGUACAGCAAACGCUGCCCGGAUCACGUCCUUUUACCAGGAAGCUGCAGGGGCCAGGGGCGUUAAGUUUAUUGAAUCAGACGCCAAGCAAGUCCAGAUCAUUGACGGUUGUGUCACUGGGGUCAUAACCACAGCUGGGUUGGUCAAGGCAAAAAGGGUGGUCAUUGCGACCGGUAUUUGGGCCACACAGCUUUGUGGUAUCGACGUGCCAAUCCCAGUUGUCCCCGUUGCACAUCCAUACAUGUAUGGUCAGCACCGAGAGCCGUUGCCAUACAAUGCGCCGUGGGUACGGUGGCCGGAACAUCAUGCUUAUGCCCGUGACCAUGGCUCUUUCUAUGGGAUCGGGUCCUAUGCUCAUCGCCCUGUACGUGAGGAGCCCAAAGAAGCGGCAACUGGGGAUUGGAGAGAGCUGUUCGACGCAACACUGGCGCAGGCUCGAAGUCUACUGCCAGCGACGACGGAGUGGAGCGCAAGGGAAAAGUCCAACGGUAUUUUCGCUAUGACGCCAGACAAUAUGCCAUUGGUGGGAAGCGUUGCACCGAUCGGUGGUCUCUACAUGGCAGCAGCGGUGUGGGUUACCCAUGCAGCUGGAGCAGCCAAAUUCCUCACCCAAAUAUUGAGAGGAGAGGAGGUUGACGAGAACACGAAACUCAGGCUGAAUCCUGUAAGGUUUCAGGGAAGAAGCAUGGAAAUUUUGACACAAGAAUCGUUGAAUGGGUAUAACGAUACAACCUUCAGUACCGCCCAUAAUUAAGUCCGGCCUAACCAGGGUCUGUUCGCUGGAGGCCCCGAAGGUAAAGGUACUGUGUAGGUUAUUAUUACUGUA